AUGUCGUUUACUGAAAGAUUUUUACUUCUGAUUAUUGUUGUAUGUUUAAUUCAGAUCACGUUAAAAUCUCGUCAAAAAGAAACAAGCCCCCAUCCAGAGCGCAUAGGCUCUGUCCAAAAACCUCAUAUGGCUUUUGGGUGGUAUCUUGGGAAGAAUGAUGUGAACAAAUCUUUGACUAAAGCUCUGGGUCCUUCUGGAAACUUGGAGUUAUCCUCAGGUCGUAUUCCAACCAGAACUGGACGUGGUAGAGGAAUAUAUGGACGAACAAGAAGAACUACAAAGCAGCUCAGUCCAGAAGGCACUACAUUACAAAACAAAAAAGGAAUAAUCGAGAAGAGAGGGAAAACUUCUUUACCCUACAUAGCAUUUCAUCCGGACUCAGAGACGGAGGAUAUAGAAAAAACACCAACAAGAACAACUAGGACAAAACAAAGACCAAAAGAAAAUUCUAAUUCUAUCAAAGAAACUGAAGAACUGCCUAUUCAAAGGGAAAGGUCUGCGCUGGACGAUUACAAACCAAUCUGGAAAGGUCCGCACCAACCGUGGUUUGCAGUGAAUAAAGAACAUAUGCAAAGAAGAAAGAAAAAUGUUUUACACGGCUCCGGAGAUGUGGAGUACAAUAGCGAAUAUUAA